AUGCGUCGGGUUGUUGUAACGGGUUUAGGCGCAGUCACACCUCUGGGUGUAGCACUAGAUUAUCUUGACAUUGGUGCUUGGGAGACUAUUUCGUCGCGUUGUUCUGGUUUCUCCUCUCUUCCUCGGUCUCCAACAACUGGGCUGGUUCCCUUCCCCACUCCUCCGAUUGUCCAGAAGGGGAAGGUCUUUGCAUGCGAUCAAUCCCGGAAUUUUGCACCGGAUGGCUUUGCUGAUCAUGCCGCUUUAUCCUUGCUUUCAUGUAUAGGGGUUCGUCGCACCUGGAAACGCCUGCUGGAUGGUCAUUGCGGUAUUGUCAAUGUGAAGCACCGCGACGCUCGGUUCGCGGACUUGCCAUGCCAGAUUGCUGCUGUGGUGCCUGCAGGCCCCCGGCAGGAGGGCGGUUGGACGGCUUCGGAAUGGCUAAGCAGAGAUGACGAGCGGAAGAUGGCUCGGUUCGCUCAGUAUGCCAUGGCUGCCUCCGAGGAAGCGCUGGAAGAUGCCGGUUGGAAGCCUACGGCGUUUGAGGAGAGAGAAGCUACGGGUAUUUGUCUGGGUUCUGGUAUCGGGAACUUUGAUGAGAUCUAUGACACGGUCGUGGCAUAUGACAAAGGGGGGUACAGAAAGGUAUCUCCGUUGUUUGUCCCAAAGCUCCUGAUCAACCUGGGCGCCGGUCAUAUCUCUAUGAGGUAUGGAUUUAUGGGCCCCAACCAUGCGGUCACAACGGCCUGCACGACCGGAGCGCAUUCGAUCGGUGAUGCAGCUCGUUUUAUCGCUUGUGGUGAUGCGGACUUGAUGCUGGCUGGCGGUGCGGAGUCAUGCAUUCAUCCGUUGGCCAUUGGCGGCUUUGCUCGAGCAAGAAGUCUCGCUACUGAUUUCAAUGAUGCCCCGGAAAAGGCAUCGAGACCCUUUGAUGCAGACCGGAAAGGAUUCGUGGUCGGUGAAGGCGCGGCCAUGCUAGUAUUAGAGGAGCUGGAGCAUGCAAAGGCCAGAGGCGCUCGCAUUUACGCAGAGCUGAAAGGCUACGGCUGCUCCGGCGAUGCCCACCAUAUGACAGCGCCUAAGGAGAAUGGCGAGGGGGCAUGGAUGGCGAUGAGGAAGGCUCUAAAAAAUGCGAGCCUCUCACCGUCGGCUGUCGACUAUGUCAAUGCACACGCUACGUCCACUGUGGUUGGGGAUGCUGCGGAAAAUGCAGCAAUAAAGUCUCUCCUUCUCGGCCCCGGAGGGAAGCAGAACGCGGCUGAGAUCAAUGUCAGCAGCACAAAGGGGGCUGUAGGUCAUUUACUCGGUGGCGCGGGUGCUCUUGAGUCGUUAUUCACCGUCCUUGCUAUCAACGAGAAUGUGAUGCCACCGACCAUCAACUUGGACCGUCUGGCGGAAGGCUUUGACUGCAACUAUGCCCCGAACCAGGCACAAGAGCGUCAGAUCACAAGAGCCAAACCCGCCGCAGCACUCAAACUCAACGACAAAUCUAUCGUCCCACCUCUGCUCAUCAGACGGUACGUGCGCUCAAUGUCACGAGAUACUGUUGUUGGGGUGAUUCGAGCUGAUUGGGGGUUCCUGUGUAAAGCGUCGUCGGUCGCUUCGAACUCGGGCAGCUUGGUGGAUGCGUCGGGGUACAAGUACUCCGAGAAAGAUACGAAGCCUACGAAGAUUAAAUUGAAGAAGGCGGCCAAGUCGGCCAAGGCGAAGAAGGCUGCGGCGGAAGUACCCGAAUCGCCCGGCUCGUCGCCCGUACUCCCGGAGAUCGAUGAGAAGACCAUGGCUGCCUUCCCGACGGGCAAGCCCCGCGAGGAAGACAAUUUGGAGACGGUGAUAUGCAAGACGUGCAAGAGGCCGGUCCUCAAGCAGAAUGCAGUAGAGCAUAUCCGCGGCUGUAUCCGCGCGAAGCAGGAGAAGGCACGGCGGAAGAAAGAGGCGCGCGAUGCGGCGAACCGGGCCAAAGAGAAGGAUAAGGAUGGGGACGACGACGCCGCGGGCGGCGACAAGGACGGGGAUGAUUCGAUCAAGGCGCAGAAGGGCGCGAAGAAGAGCGCCGUCAAGGGCAUGGCGGAGGACGGGACGAAGAAGGGCAAGAAGCGCAAGACCGAGGGCGAGGAGGAUAAGGAGCCCAAGAAGAAAAAGAAGAAGGAGGAGCCUAAGCCUAAGGCACCGAAGCCGAAGGGUCCCGUCGAUGUUGAGAAGCAGUGUGGUGUAAUUCUGCCGAAUGGUGCUCAGUGUGCGCGUUCGUUGACCUGCAAGAGUCACUCGAUGGGUGCGAAGCGUGCGGUGCCCGGUCGUUCUUUGCCCUACGACAUGCUUCUCCAGGCGUAUCAGAAGAAGAACCAAGCCCGUCAGCAGAAGGCGGCCAUCGAUGCGAAUGCUCCGCUUCAGGAUGAUCUGGAGAACAACGGUCCCGUCGACUCGGACGAGGAGAAAGAUGCCGUCAUGGCUGCGAUUCUUCGCUCGCGCCCACAACCCCUGGCCACUCAUCCAUUGAUCUCGACCAAGAAGAAAUACAAGUACGUGCGAAUCAAGGAGAUGCUUUCUCAUGCCUUGGGCGGAGCUCGCGGCGGCGGACUCUUCUCGAGCGGUGACACCACUCCAACAAACGAUGGAAAUCCGUUUCAGCCGAUGGACGAUAUUCCCCUAGCAUCCCCUGUCUCCGUGACGGGAUCAGACAACGCAACAGAUGCAGCGAAGAAGACCCCUGCGCCAGCUCCAAAGAAGCUACCUGUGGCGGCCUCUUCGUAA